AUGGACGAGAAGAAAUUUGCGGAGCCUCAGACAAUCCAGACUGGAUCUGAUGCUCCCCCAUCCUAUGGCAGUUCAGAGCCCACUCGGGCUGGCAUGGGACAGCGCAUUUGGGAUAGUUUCAAGCGCGACCCUAACCACACCGUCUCUGGCCAUGCUGGCGCCGAUGGCUCUGGCUUCGAUAUCGAAACUGCCGCACAGAAUACAGCACACUCCCCUCUCCAGCGUCGGUUGAAGGGUCGUCACCUGCAGAUGAUUGCCAUUGGUGGUUCUAUUGGUACUGGUCUUUUCGUCGGUUCCGGAUCCGUCUUGGCGGCCGGUGGCCCUGCUUCAGUUUUGAUUGCUUAUAUUCUCAUCGGAUGCAUGCUUUACUGUACGGUGCAUGCUCUUGGUGAGAUGGCCGUCCUGUUCCCCGUUGCUGGUUCUUUCGCCCACUACUCAACUCGUUUCGUCGACCCUGCUUGGGGUUUCGCUAUGGGUUGGAACUACGCUCUACAAUGGCUUAUCGUCUUACCGCUGGAAAUCGUCGCUGCAUCUAUCACCGUUGAUUAUUGGAGCCCUGGUGUUUCCAAUGCCGCUUGGGUCGCCAUUUUCUGGGUUCUCAUCGUUUCGAUCAACAUGUUUGGUGUUCGUGGAUAUGGUGAAGCCGAAUUCGUCUUCUCUAUCAUCAAAGUUGUUGCUGUGCUUGGCUUCAUUAUUCUCGGAAUCAUUAUCAACUGCGGUGGUGGUCCGGAGGGUGGAUAUAUUGGUGCCAGAUUCUGGUACGACCCGGGUGCCUUCAACAACGGUUUCAAGGGUCUCUGCAGUGUCUUCGUCAACGCUGCCUUUGCCUUUGCCGGUACUGAGCUGGUCGGUCUGGCCGCUGCUGAGACUACCAACCCUCGCAAGUCUCUCCCCACCGCCGUUAAGCAGGUGUUCUGGCGUAUUGCUCUCUUCUACAUUGUCUCCCUCACCCUCGUCGGUCUUCUCGUUCCCUUCGAUGAGCCCAGACUUGUCAACGGUUCCUCCUCCGCCGACGCCCACGCUUCUCCCUUCGUCAUCGCCAUUGAGAAUGCCGGUAUCAAGGCUCUGCCUUCCAUCAUGAACGUCGUCAUCAUGAUUGCAGUUCUCUCCGUCGGUAACUCCUCCGUCUACGGAUCUUCUCGUACUCUUGCUGCCCUCGCCGAGCAGGGCCAGGCUCCCAAGUUCUUGGCCUACAUUGACCGCAAGGGUCGUCCUCUGCCCGCCAUCAUCAUCGCCUCCGCCCUUGGUCUGCUCUGCUUCCUUGCCGCUUCCGAUAAGCAGACUACCGCCUUCGCCUGGAUGAUGGCCAUCUCAGGUCUGUCCUCCAUCUUCACCUGGGGUUCCGUCUGCGGUGCCCACAUCUUGUUCCGUCGCGCCUGGAAGAAGCAGGGCCACUCCCUGGACGAGCUGGCCUUCCGCUCCCAGCCCGGUGUCAUCGGUUCCUGGAUCGGUCUCAUCUUCAACAUCCUGGUGUUGAUUGCCCAGUUCUGGGUUGGUUUCGCCCCUGUCGGCUAUGCCGACAUGACUACCAGCGAGCUUGUCUACAACUUCUUCUCGGUCUACCUGGCCGCCCCCGUCGUCAUAGCUUUCUACAUCCCUUACAAGUUCUGGUACAAGACCAAGUUCGUUCGCUCGCAUGAGGUUGACCUGGUCACCGGUCGUCGUGAGCUUGAUAUUCAGCAUCUUGUUGAGCAGGAGCGGGCUGAGCAGAAGGCUUGGCCCAAGUGGAAGAAGGUUUACAAGUUCUUCUGCUAG